AUGGCAAUGUCAAUGUUGAUCCUCCUGAUGGUCCAAAAUGUGAAGAACUCUACAUUGAAUUUGACAUGCAGAACUACACUCUUUUGUCUGUCCGCGAUCUACCCACCACUACCACCACCACCACUACAACAACUACACCACCGCCAACGACCACCACUUCAACGGCCACCACAUCAACACCAACUACUGUAAAAACGACGGAAACAGCAACGACUGAAAAGCCUA